CUCAAAUCAUUGCAAGACGAAAUGAGAAGAAGCUGACCAGAGAGUGGACUUCUAGUGAUUUUAAGGGCCAGGAAGCAGGACGAUCAUCAUGGGUUCCAAAAAGUCGACGCCAUCUCGCUACGCGGGCGGCGAUGACUCCGAAGGCCAGUCACCUUCAACUAUCAACGAUCCAGUCUACUCUCAACGCACAACACCCAAUCAACCAAGUCACACACAAUGGACGAGGCCAAAGAGCUCCGAGGAGGUUGGCGGGAAGGAUGAUCCUGUCUACUCGCAGUCCGCAGCUGUAGGAGACGACAGUGAAGGACAACCUCAGACUCAGAUCAACGAUCCAGUCUAUGCACAGCCAACAAGUGCUCAAACAAAACCUGAGAAAAGCACUGCGACGGACAAAGGUCAAUGGGCAGUUGACGCCGCGAACGACCCAGUCUACUCACAAUCAUCCGCUCAGUCCACGAAGGCCACUGAAGUCAAUGAUCCAGUUUACGCACAGCCAGCUACUGCACCGACUCAACCAGGUCAAUAUGUCUCCGGAACAGAAGGGAAGGGGACAGUCGAUUCCGCGAACGACCCUGUCUACUCUCAAUCAUCCACUCAACAGCCCAGCACUACACAGGUCAACGACCCAGUCUACGGCCAACCUCAGAAACCACCUGCUACACCAGCAAACAAAGCUCUCUCAUCUCCUGGUCAAGGCAGCAUCCCACCCAGCGAGGACCCCGUCUACUCACAAUCUCGCAUAGCAACCAACCGUCUAGACCAACUCAACUCGCACGUCUCUCCAAGCCAACCAGAUUCAGAGCUUGCCAACACUUCGCGCGCCCGCCGACCUAAGAAACCAAAAUCGAGAUCGUCCGACCCCUCAGCCGACUUACCCGCCGACUACAGCGACAUCCUAGGCAACAUCUCCAGAUUGAAAUCCAUAGCGCAGACUCCCAAUGCCAACAACAGAGGCUACAUCCGGCAAAAGACGUCCGGCAAAUUAUGGGCACGAGAACGUAUCUCAGCCCUGCUCGACGCGGACACCUGGCGCGAAAUCGGCUCCGUCACCGGCACAGUCGAAUGGGUCAAGGACGCCGCCAACCCACAGCGCGAACACGUCAAGUCGUUCACACCCUCCAACAAUCCCCAGGGUUUCGGGCGGAUCACAUGCCCUCGCACCGGCCAGCGGCGGCAGAUUUACCUGACGGCCGACGACUUCAGCAUCCGCUCCGGCCACGCGGAUGGAUCUGUAGCCUUGAAGACGGUGCACGGCGAGAAACUCGCACUCAAACUCAAAGUGCCGGUCGUCAAGCUCGUUGACGGAUCUUCCGGCGGAGGCAGCGUCUCGACCAUUUUGACAAAUGGGUUCAGUUACGUGCCUCACGUCACCGUCCUAAGCACCGUCGUCAAGCAACUCAACAUGGGCAUUCCGAACUUGGGCGCCGUGGUCGGUCCGGCGAUAGGUCUCGGCGCCGCUCGCGUGGUCAGUACACACUUCAGCGUCAUGGCAGCUGACAUUGGAAGCAUGUUCAACGCCGGGCCCAAGGUCGUCGAGGGCGCGACGUUCGAGGAGGGUUUGAGUUUCGCGGACCUCGGCGGGCCUAAUGUGCAUUGCACCAAUGGGACAAUCGACAAUAUGGCCAGCAAUGAGCAGGAAUGUUUCGACCAGAUUCGUACGGUCCUUGGGUACUUGCCCGAUUGUGGCAUGUUCCAGGCGCCACCGGUCGUCGAGUGCAAGGACGACGUGACUCGUGAGGACGCCGCGCUUCGGAGUAUCAUCCCGAGACGAAAGAAUCGCAUGUACAACCCAUACACAAUCAUCGAGAGCGUCGUGGAUCAGGGCUCAUGGUUCGAGAUCGGGAGACUCUGGGGACGGACGGGUAUCACUGGUCUGGCGAGGAUGGGCGGCAGACCAGUAGGCAUCCUGAGCAACAACUGUGAAGUCAACUCAGGGGCGUUGGACGCUUUGGGAAGUCAGAAGCUGUUGAAGAUGAUCAAAUUCUGUGAUGUGUUCAAUCUGCCUAUUGUCCAAUUUGUGGACGUCCCUGGAUAUGCAAUUGGCACGGUUGCCGAGCGAUCUGCAACAAUGAAAUGGGGUGUUGAGCUUGGAAAGGCCUAUUAUUCAACCACCACUCCCAUAUUCUCCGUCAUCACGCGCCGGGUAUACGGCGUCGCAGGUGGUAUCAUGCUCGAUUCUCGUGAGCCCUGGAUGCGCAUCGCGUGGCCGAGCGGAAACUGGGGAAGCUUGCCACUUGAUGGAGGUAUUGAGGUAGGGCAUCGCCAUGAGUUGAAACAAAUUGGUGAGAAACAGGGCCCCGAAGCUGUCAAACAGCGAUACAAGGAAUUGGAAGACGAGUAUCUGCGUCUCAUGAACCCGAUCAGGACAGCUCAACAUUUCAAUGUCGAAGAGAUCGUAGAUCCGAAGGACACGAGACGCAUCGUCUGUCGUUGGGCCAAGGAAAUGUAUGGCGUGGUCAUGCAGGAGAGACUGGCGGACCGAGCAGCAGGCAGGAUCUAUGCCGUCUUCACUUGAGAAAAGGAGAUAC